CUGUCUUGACUGAUGUAAUCUAAAAUGCUACCACAUUUUCUAGAAUACUACGUUCAUCAAGAUCAUUAGCAACUGAAAUUGAAAAGUCAGAAGUAACGACUGCCGCUUUACCAGUGCUCCAUUAAUUACAGCAUAAAACAGAUUGUACAAAGCACGACAGUGAUGGAAGAUUGAUGUCUCUGACAUAAAACAGAAUCAAAAUGAAGCCCAAGAGGUUGUCCAAGCUGAAGCAGUACAUAAGAGAGAACAGACCACACAAGCUGAAAAGUCUGGUUAGAAAACAUGACAUUGAUCUGUCCUCUAUACAGCUGGGACGGAGUAGAAAUAUGGUCCACUACUGCUGUAAACAUGGCUUGGGACCUAUUCUGAGGUACCUGCUGCAGGAAGGGGUGUCUGGAUCCCAGCAGGACUCUGCAGGCAGGACCCCACUGCACUUGGCCCUUCAUCGCGCUCUUGAGCUGGAAACCAGCAAACAGUGGGACGCCACAACAGAAUGUUAUAACGAGCUGGUGCUGCCACUAAUAGAGUGCUACCCCACAACUCUCUCCCUAGCCGACAGAGCAGGUGAUACAUGUAGACACUUGUUGCAAAGGCUGGUCGAGAGACGAGAGAAACAUGAGGCAGGCACUUCCCAGGACUGGAGCCAGCCCCAAGGGGGUAGGGAGGAUGAGAGAGCUUGGAGGGACAAGCUGGCAGAGGAGAUGAUGUUUGAGCACCAGGAAAUGUGGGGCACCUAUGAACCAGAUCCGUCCUGGGACAGUGAGGCAGAGGAGGUGUGUGACAACUGGGCUGACCGGAUAAGGGAAGAAUACUUUGCCCGGAAACGAGCACAGGAGAGGGCGACGCUCUAUGGUAACCAUGGCAACCGAGGUCAACAUCGUCAGAAACGGGUCAAUGGGGAUGGGAGUGAUGGGAGGUCGGAUGAGAGUGAGGCCAGAGGAUCUGAGAGGAGGAAAGAGACAUUGGAAGAGGCGAGGGAACGAAUGCGGAAAGAGUUUGAGAAGAAUAGACUGAAGGAUGCCACCAUAGAUGUGCUAAAAAUGAGGAUGAAGUACGAGGACAGAUACACGAAGGCUAUGGAGAAGACAAACACUGCUGUGAUGAAGUAUUCUGACGUGCCAUGGCCCAGUGUGAAGGGUGAAGGCAGUGAUAUGUCAGUGCUGUUUGACAAACUGGAGCCGGGUAGUCCGGAGUACCGGAAGUACCUCCGGGACCAGCAGGUGCGGUGGCAUCCCGAUAAGUUCCUGCAGAGGUUUGGUAGCCGUCUUUGUGAUACGGACAGGGAGAAGAUAAUAGCCAGGGUUACGGUGCUUUCUCAGAAUUUCAAUAAGUUAAAAACAUGAUUUGUUAUUGUAUUGUUGCUUUCAGUAAAAAAUAUUUGUAUGCGGCAACAUGUAUUAAACUUGUGUAAAGUAAAUAAAAGUUGGUUUUCGGCUAAAACACGGUAUUGGUGCUGAAAGUAGUCUCACUUACUCAAAAAAAUGAAAUUGUAGAUACAGCAUUUCCUUGGUGUUAUUUUUAAAGCUCAAUGUAUCCCCUACUCAAAUCAAGUUGAAUUAUUUGAUCAUGCAUGCAUUAUUUUUUUAUCUAACAUUUUCAUCCUAUGGUAGAAUACAAGUAACAGACACUACACUAGUCAUAUAACAUGCAAGAAAAACAUAGCAGAACUUCAAAACUUCAGAUAUUUUCACUUUAACAUCAACUACAGGUUAUAAACUGUUGAAAUAAAGCAAAAAACCAAAAGUGAUUACUAUCUUAACAAAAAAAAUCAAAGCAUUAAUUAAUCAGGUAUCAGACCAAAAAAGAACCAAGCAAGAAACUUUUCUAUAACUUUUAUUAUAGACCCACAAGGUAGCUCAUUAGGCAUUUGUCUGAAACCAGGAAGUAUAUUCAAACAAAAUAAAUCGAAACGAUUGGUUUGAAAAAGCAUAAGUUUUCAUAAAAGGUAGAAUUGCAUGCUCAUAAGUUUGGUUACAGACACUACUAAAAUAUAUGAUUCCAAAAACAGUUGCAGAAUGGCAUAAAGCAUUAAAAAAUGCACUAUAAAAGCAAGUUUACAUAAAAACAGUGACUUGACCAUUAUAUCAAAUGAUUUUUGAUCUGUUAGAAUUUUAGUUAAAACACAUUUUUUGUGUACAUGAUCUGAGUUGGUUACAGACACUACAAAUGGGGUAACAAUAGCUGUCCAGGAGACGUGUAGCUUGACAAUUCUCAGUGCUGGGCACAUACAAGUCAAAGAAGACUAAUCUGACAUUAUGAGUUUGGCAUCUCAUAUGAAUUGGCACACCUGUAUAGAGUUUCAAAUUAAUAAAAUCUAGAAUUUCAUUAUGCAGCAAUAAGCAUUACCAAAUAAUGUGCGGAAAACAUUCCAAACAUUUCAGUGUAAUAAAAAAAUGUAAUUUUGCAAGCAGCAAAUCAGUGAUGUAUUUAUAACCCUUUGUUACUCUAGCUAUCAAGAUAAUCACAGAGAAGUUUAAGCUUUAAGUAAUGUUUACCCUGAAUUUGAAUUUGCGAAGUCCACUUUCAAUGAUAUCUCUGGAUCUUGUGCGCUAUAAACAAGAUGACAUCUAUUGAUUCCUGUAAACAGUCAUCUCUUCCAUGCCAAAUUUGCUUAACUUUCAAAAUAAAUGUAUUUCAAUCUGAUUUCUGUUACAAAGCAAACACCAAAAUGUCCUUUGAUUCCAUUCUUUUGCUCUAGCCUAGCAGCUACAAAGGCAUCAUAGUUGUAUUUUAGCUUCUCAUAUUUUUGUUUGUUCUCCCAAUGCUUAACCUUCAUGCAGCCAAACCUAGUCUUAUUUUAUCUUUUCUUUUUUGCUUGAUUUAUCUUUGCUUCCUGAAACAAGAACGGAAACAAAAUUCAUUUUCCUUUCUUCAAAGUUUCUGCUACUAAUUAAAGUAUAAGAAUGUAAAUUUAUAUACAUGUAGUGUAAAGCAUACAGUGCGCAUGUCUUCAUUGAUCCAUUCAUAAGCAAAGGAAAUGAUUAAAUGCAGCCAUUUGGAUCAAAGUAAAAAACAGAAGUUACUUCAGACAUGGUUAAAACUCAUCACUUUAGAUUUAAAAAUGAUUUCAUAUGCUCUUUGAUAGCAUGAACAAUAAUAAGUUAAAUGUGUAGGCAUUGUAGAGUCUGUAACCAUAUGACCAUCAAAACAAACUGUUUGAUAUUGUGUCUGAUCUCAGUAAAUUCUCAAAUGGUUUUGUUUGGAUUUACUGUUCUCAUGAUAUUUAAUGCAAAAAACUAUGUUUCCAAUUGCAUAUUCUAGGAGAUAAUUGAAAAAAUGCCAGUUUAUAGAAAGCUACACUAUGAAGACAAUUUAUUUACAUUAUUAUGAUAAAUAUUUCAAAUUUCAGACAGAAAAUGUCUUAAUAAUGCACCUUAGACAUCAGCAAUGUAAUAAAAAAUACAAUUUUGUUUCAUUUUACUCACAUAUAACAAAAAAGGUUUAAGGCUUACAGAAGGAAGUUAGUGGUUACAGACACUACGAAUUUUAGCGUAGCAUAAUCAAAAUGGUAGAUACAUAUCUGAGUCAUUACAAGAGGUUUGUUCUUGUCUUCUCUCCAUAUUAAAGGGUUGUAUCAUCGUAAAGAACACAGACAUAUUUAGAUAAAUCAUUUUAGAAAAAGAAAAUCAGGUUAUAUUGUUCCUAAAUAAAUUGUUCAUAAAAUAAUUCCACAAGAAUGCUUACAAUAUUUCAUCCCAAGAGGUCUUGCAUUACCUUUUUUUGCACAUUUAUCUAUUGCACAAUGUAUGAUGUAACAUUCCAACAUAAAAGACGGAACUUUCUCAUGAGUAAAACAAAAUAUUUAUGAGAAAUAGAACAGGGAUUUUUUUCCUUCAUUUUUACACAUUUUUGAAGUGCCUGUAACUUUUUCUAAGUAGUAAUUUUUCAAUAAUGAUAAUAUUUAAUCAAGGCAAAUUUUGGCCAACUUAGACAUGACAUGAAUACACAUUAGCAAAUGUAGUAUUUAUACUUUUGCAUGGAAAAACUUCUAAACUAUUGCCACAUAAAACUUUCAAUGGUUACAGACACUACAGAAUUUUAAAUAAAAAGAUUUACCAAUGAACUAUCAUUAUUGCUAAAACCCCGGCUUAUCUAGUAGUUUGAAUGGGUUUUGUACUUAUCCUAAUACAUAACUGAAUUUUUAAUGUUAAUACAAGUUUAAUUUACUGAAAUUUUGUACCAAUAAUUGGAGUAUAACAAUAAGUAUAUGUUUGAAUUUUAGUGUUGAAACAAAAUCCCUGCUGGUAGUAUUUUACUUAUAAAAUCCAUAAUAUUUUACCUGUUUCAUUAAUUCAAGCAGCAAAUCGUACCGGAAACAAGUCUGUGUAAGAUUAUACCAAUGUUUGCAUCAUUUGUUGCUGAUAUCAAGAGCAUUUCUCAUUUAAAUCAAUAGAUUUUUUCAAGUGAGACUGCAUAAUGCUAAAAAAGGCCAUUUUUAGAGCAUGUUUUAAGGUAUAUCUCAAGAACGUGUAGCACUAGCCUCUUAAAAUUUUCAGGAAAGUAAGAUGGGUAUAUGCCGGUGUAGUGGACCUUUAGAAUUAAUUCAUAUCUUGUAUAUUUUUUCUUAGACAUUGAUAUAACGUAAAAAAAUGCAAAUCAGCACCAAUACCGUGUUUUAGCCGUUUAUUUAUAGUGUCUUCAACUUUUAUAAAAUGUAGUCUUUUUCUCAAGGUCCAUACAACAUAUUUGAAGACUUCAGUUGUAUAUAAAUUAUAAGGAAUGUAAAGCCAAUAAUUGAAAUUUAAGAAUGACACACGAUUGGUAGCUCUGUUUCUUAACAAAUGUAAUAUAUGUAAUAUGUUAUCAACAUAUUUUUUUUAUUUCUUACAUAUCUCACCGGAGCUUUCUGAUACCAUUGUUUACAUAAAGUACUGAAUAUUUGCCUUUUCAAACAAUCACUCACAAAACACUAGUUAAUACGUUUUGUAUAACUAUAAAAUUGUAUUAAUAUGAAAGCUAUGUUUAUGAUUGUGAUAACACAGUACUAUGUGUUUGUAUUAGUAUGCAUGUUUUAAAUGAUGCAGGCUAGCACAGGUGAUAUCUUACAUUUGAAAAAUUCUCUUAAAGGUGCAUAUCUUAGGUAUUUUUCCUAAAUAUAGACAUACAUAAACACCCUUAAUAUUCCCUUCUGUCAUGCAACAAGACAAGACAAAAGUUUAUUUGUAAAUAAAGGUCACCGACGAAAAUUAAGGAAUAUAUAAGUAACAACAAA